CAAAAAAAAAUCGAAAAUUCGAAAGUGGUUCUGCUAGCUUAACGGGGGUAUCUCGUUAGUAUGAACUCGUCGGAAUUAGUCUAUUUUAUUCAAAGGAAUGAAUCGGUUUUCACGAUUUAUCGUCAUUUAUGCAUUGCCGGUUCGCGCUUUCAUUAGUUGUCUCGCAUUCUUCUUCCGAGUAGUACAAUAGCUAAGGAAAUGGUGAAAGUGUGUGGAAAAUCAAGAUGUUUAUCUCUUCAUGAGAAAGCUGAAGUCUUAGAAGACAUCAAUAAAGGCCUGUAUGUUACCUUAUCAGCGAAGAAAUAUGGAAUUGCUAAGUCAACGGUUUGUUCUAUAAAAAACAAAAUAAUACAAAUUCUCGAGAGAGUAGGCAAUACGUUCAGAUUGACCAAAAAAUGUACACUAAAGAAGGCGGAAAUGCCAGAAAUGGAAAUGCAGCUGUAUAGAUGGUUCCUUGCCCAACGAGAAAGAAAUAUGCCGAUUUCUGGAGAAAUGAUCAAACAGAAAGCCUUGAAUUUAUGUGCAAGUUUGAAUAUCUCUGAAUUUAAAGCAAGCAACGGAUGGUUCCAGCGCUUCAAAGAACGUUAUGGUGUAAGAUUCUUGGAAAUAACAGGGGAGAAACUCCCGAGUCAGCCAGAACUCAUUGCUCCUUUUAAAGAAAGAUUGAAGAGAGUCAUUCAAGAACAUGAAUUUAACGAACAUCAGAUAUACAACGCUGAUGAAACAGGAUUGUACUGGCGAUUACUACCAGAUAAAACGUAUGUUUCCCUAGCCGAAAAAUCGGCAUCUGGUUUAAAGAUUUCCAAACAAAGAAUCACAUUUUUAGGCUAUUCAAACGCUUCAGGCUCGCACAAAAUAAAACCUCUGGUUAUUGGAAAAGCGAAAAAUCCGAGAUGUUUCAAGAACUUCAACAAUCCCCUUGUAUACCGAAACAGUAGAAACGCAUGGAUGACGUGUAACAUUUUUAAAAAUUGGUUUUUCCAACAGUUUGUUCCAGAGGUUCGAAACUUCCUGAGAACUCAAAAUCUUCCUGAGAAAGCGCUGCUUCUUUUAGACAAUGCACCCUCCCAUCCAUCGGCUGAGGAAUUGAAAACCAGUGAUGGACAUAUUUUUGUGAUGUUUAUGCCAUCAAAUGUAACGCCUCUUAUUCAACCAAUGGAUCAAAAUGUGCUUAGGCUCACAAAACCUUAUUAUAGGAACCUCCUAAGUUCAAUCAUCACUGGAGAUGAACCGGUAGGAUUUGCCCUCAACAAACUUACACUAAGUGAGGCAAUGAUGAAUUUAGCUGCAGCAUGGAACAAGUUGAGCCCUCAGGUUAUUAAAAAAUGUUGGAAUAAGAUAAUUACCGAGACUGAAAAUGAUCAAAAUCGGCUAGAUGAAGAGAAUUUGCCAAUUAAUCAGUUUUGCAGAAAAAGCUCACUAUGA